AUGUUUGCCACAAAUACAAAUACGAGCUCUCCAUCAACCCCUUCAAACAACAUUAAUGCUGGAUCUAUUAAUAAACCUCCCCGUAAUGACGAUAAGUCCAGUGUUAUGCCUCCCGUAACAGUUGAAGUAUCUCAUGAUACAAGUGUUGUAAGCAAUAGCCAAGAAACAGCCCGGGAAAAUGUUGAGCAGUAUAAUCCCGUUUCCGAUGAGGCCGAAGAAGAAACUUCUAACCACUCCGACGAUAAUGUGAACGAAUCUUCAAGUCUCGAAGACCAGUUUGAUCCAAAUGAAGAAAUCGAAUUCGUAAGAAUCUUAAGAUCGAGUGCUAUUGACAAGGAGUUGAAUAAAAUUCAGAAUCGUCUGCGUUAA